AUGGAGCUGCUCAAGAUUCAAGUUUAUCAAGCAUACCAGCACAAAUGGGAGGAGUUCCUGAAAAACCCAGGGUCGUCCAAUACCGUUGAAGACUUUAAGAAAUCUCUUUCCACUAAGUCAUUGCCCAACAAGAUGGUGUCCAAUGUGCAUGUAGUGAUGGAAAAGGAGCUGGGAGACAUACAACCAGGUUGGACUCAUAACGUAAUUGCCCGAUUACGACAGGCGAAGCAACUCUCCACUACGAAAUACAUUAAAUCGUUCUGCGAAGAGUUGAAGAAGAAGCUAGAGACGGCACAAGCUGCAGAGCCAAAGACUGGUGGAUCAAGUGCUGGUAAAUCAAGUGCUGGUAAAUCAAGUGCUGGUAAAUCAAGUGCUGGUAAAUCAAAUGGUGGUGGAUCAAGUGGUGGUAAAUCUAAGAACGAUGAACCUGAAGUUGAUGAUGACAAACCCACUGGGUCAGAGGCAGGUGGUGCUGGAGCUGAUGGUGCUGGAGCUGGUGAGGCAACUGGUGGAGCGAUGGUUGAUCCAACCAUAGAGCUUCGAAGUGUAUCUCAUUCUCUGAAGGCCAUAAUUCAUCCUCGUUUUGAUCACGGAGUCUUUCUUGGAGUGAUUACAAAGUUCCAAGCUAAUUGCCACUCAUGCAUUCGCGGCUUGUCGAAGGCUGUUGACAUACUGGUCGAUUUGGUCUUGGCUGGUCAACAUGCGACACAGAAAAAGAUGUCUUUCUUUGACAUCAAAGCUGUUGAUUUAUUUGAUUGUGGUUUGAGCAAGAGCGUCAAUCCCAUUGCAAUUAUUGACGACAUCAGUGCCAGUGUUUAG